AUGAUUGAACCGUUCCAGACGACCUUCGCGGUCCCAAUGACCUGCGACGGCUGCGUGAAAGAUAUCUCCGGCUCUCUUAACAAGGUUGAAGGAAUCAACAAAGUCGAUGCCGACCUGAAGGAGCAGCUAGUUUUCAUCGAGGGCACUGCACCACCCAGCAAGAUCGUCUCUGCUAUCCAAGACACUGGUCGUGAUGCGAUUCUCCGUGGAAGCGGCACAUCCAACAGUUCCGCCGUCUGCAUUCUCGAAACACACUCGAAUAGCGUCUCGAAUAAGAUUCGCGGACUUGCGCGCAUGGUCCAGGUUUCCUCCAACAUGACCCUUGUUGACUUGACCAUCAACGGACUCUCGCCAGGCCGCUACUGGGCUACCGUGCGGCAAGCUGGAGAUAUUUCACAGGGAGCGGCCUCGACGGGUGGAAUCUGGGAGGCAUUGAAGUCGACUGUUCUUGGUUCGGAGACCCCCAAGGAGCCCCGGGGUGUGUUCGGGACGGUGGAUGUUGAUGCAAAGGGUCGUGGAAACGUUUUUAUGGACCGUCCCAUCGCGAUCUGGGAAAUGAUUGGCCGGAGUAUGGUGCUUUCGAGGUCGAAGGAGGGCCCGUUUAAGCGGGAGGACCCGGAUACGUUGGUUGGUGUUAUUGCUCGCAGUGCUGGUGUCUGGGAUAACGACAAAAUGGUCUGCUCAUGCUCCGGAAAAAAUGUCUGGCAGGAGCGUCAGGAGCAGGUCUCUCAAGGCAUGGUUUGA